UUAGGACAUUAAUGAUGAUUUAGGUGAAUGAAGGCAUGAUCGAAAGUAGAUUUAGAAGUGUGGUGCAAGAUCGUUAUUCAGACAUAAUGAGUGAAUAUCGACAUGAAUCUUCAAAUAGAGCUCGAGCAGUCCGUCACAACAUCCCAAACAUAGAUAAUGACUUUGCAAUCAUGCAUGAUUUUGAACCUAUUACUUUCAAUGAGGACGUAAGGAAGGAUUUUUGUAAAGUGAAUGAAGGCAUGAUCGAAAGUAGAUUUAGAAGUGUGGUGCAAGAUCGUUAUUCAGACAUAAUGAGUGAAUAUCGACAUGAAUCUGCAAAUAGAGCUCAAGCAGUCCAUCACAACAUCCCAAACAUAGAUAAUGACUUUGCAAUCAUGCAUGAUUUUGAGCCUAUUACUUUCAAUGAGGACGUAUGGAAGGCUUUUUGUAAAGUUUGGGAAUUGGAACAAGCUCAUGCCGAAUUGGCCCGACAAAAUGGUGAAAUGGCCGAAAGACAAGCACAAAUGGAAAAACAAAUGGCAGAAAUGGUCGAGUUCAUAAGACGAUAUGACACUAAUAACCAUCCCGACAAUCCAUCCAAUCCAUCGAAUGCUCCUUAGGUUAUUUUUUGCAAAUGUUUGUGCGUUUUUAAGACUUCUAUAUUAUGUUUUUGAUUUACACGAUUGUUGAAACUUAUGUUCUAAAAUGUAAACGUUUGUAUAACUUUUAGAUAAUAUGGAAUGAACUUAGUUUUUUUG